AUGCGUGGGUCACGACGACAGCCAACGCCGCAUCUCGGCGCCUUAACACAUGAUCGAAAUCGAUACAAGAAGAACCCGCCGGAUUUUUAUGCAUUGGGUCAGCAAUAUGCAAAUUUCAAGCAAUAUCUGUACAAUGUAGACGACUUUAAUUGUCGUGCUUCUCUAUCUUGGGACGACCCUUUUGCUGUCAGGGAAUUGACCAAGACGCUUCUUUUGCACGAUUUUGGGUUACAAUGGGAUAUCCCAAUCAAUCGAUUGUGUCCACCGCUGCCAAACCGAUUAAAUUAUCUCCACUGGAUUGAAGAUUUGCUCAGUCAAGCACCUGGCAGCAGCCUGACAACGCAAGAGCAAGAGCAGAAAGGUCCUACACUAGACAAAGAGGUCGUGUCUGGAAUUGACGUGGGAACAGGGGCAAACUGUAUCUACGCAUUACUUGGCGCAACAAUGAACAAAUGGAAGUUUAUUGCGACGGAGAUUGAUGCCGAGUCCUACGCUUGUGCAAAAGAAAAUGUGGCUCGGAAUCAUCUUGAGACACUCAUUACUGUGAAGCGGACGCAGACGAACAAGUUGCUAUUGGAGCCAUUGCAAGACGAGCCAUUAGAGCGCAAGUUUCAUUUUGUCAUGUGCAAUCCACCCUUCUUUGACGACAUAGAUGAAGCGGACACAAAUCCAGCAUCGAGCUGUAUGGGCAGUGCCAACGAGAUGGUGUUUCCGGGAGGUGAAGUCGCAUUUAUUGGUAAUAUGAUCGUCGAGAGUGUAGACUUGCAGAACCGCGUGCUCUGGUUUAGCUCAAUGAUCGGCAAAAAGGCGAGUCUGCGCAAGCUUCUAGCUCUGCUCCGCAAAAACCAAGUGCGGAAUACUCGCACUACCGAGUUUUUCCAAGGACGAACGAAGCGAUGGGGAAUCGCAUGGACAUUCUCUGAAAAUGUGAUGGAUGAUCCUUCUAAAAAAGUACUGGGUAAGCGAAAAGAAGCCCAUCGUCGACAGGAAGUUCGCUUCCAGGUGCCACGACAAACAGGUAAAGGUUGUGCUACAAUUGAGGAGGUUCUUUUGAGAAUUCGUGAAUUUGUCGAGACGAACGAGGAGCUCAAGCUGUCGGAGGAUACAACAAACUACAAACACAAAGAGGAGGCAGAAGAAGAAGAAGAUUAUCAAGAGCGGAAAAUGUAUCGGUUAGAACAGCACAAACCCGAUCCACAAGCAUCGGGUAAUAAUCGAACCAAAGUGCAUAGUGCUGGUCGAGUGGAAAUAUUUACCAUGAAGGACAACGAAGGUGGCUCUGAAGUUUUGAUUGUGUUCGAAGAAGGAGAUCGAGCUGCAUUCUGGACGAUAGCCAAUAUGCUUCAAGCAGCCAUCGUCCGUACAGGGCGUCAGUGGAGAAGAAAGCUUCAACGACAGAAACAAGACCAGUAA